UUGUGGGACCAAGCGAGUGAGAAAUCAGAAGUGGGAAGUCUACUCACUUUACACCAAAGUGAAAGACUUAAUUCUAAUUAUUCUAUCUCCGUUUGCGUCUUUUCAUCAUCAUUUCCUCGGUCUCUUUGCCGAUGAAUGAAAAACUUUGCCACUCAGGUUAGCAUCACAUUGUUGACCUACCUUCUUAGAAUAACCUGCAAUAUAUUAGUUUCUCUCUCAUAAUGUGAUUCACACUUUCAGCGCAGGGAGAAUAGGUCUUCCAAUGCAGUGAUUUUUGUAAGUCCAUGAAAUCAAACAAGAUGGAUUCAAACUCUAAAUGUUCAGACGCGUCGUCGCUCUCGCGGAGGUCUUUGCUCCUGCAACCAUUUCGAACAGUGUUGGGUUGUUUUUCGCAGUCCAAUUUGGGCCAGCGAGAUUCAGCUUCUUCUAGUUCUUCCACUGAUUCCAACCGUGUCCAUAGCUAUAAAUAUGAUGUGUUUAUCAGUUUCAGAGGCGCUGAUACCUGCAAUACUUUUGUUGAUCAUCUUUAUGCUUAUCUAACAAGAAAGGGUAUUUUCGCCUUCAUGGAUGAUAAAAGGCUUGACAAAGGAGAAUCCCUUUCGCCGCAACUUCUUCAAGCAAUUCAAAAUUCUAGGGUUUCUAUUGUUGUCUUCUCUGAAAGAUAUGCAGAGUCUACGUGGUGUUUGGAAGAGAUGGCUACUAUUGCUGAAUGUUGUAAAGAAUUCAAUCAAAAAGUAUUUCCUGUUUUUUAUGAUGUCGAUCCAUCUCAUGUACGAAAACAGAUUGGGGUGUACCAGAAUGACUUUGUUUUACAUAAGAAGAAGUUCAAGCACGAUCCAAACAAGGUUGUGAGAUGGACGAAUGCUAUGAAAGUUAUAGCUAACUUAGUCGGUUGGGAUGUCAGGAACAAGCCAGAGUCUAUAGAGAUUGAAACAAUUGUUCAAGCAGUAAUAAAAUCUUUGAAUCAUAAAUUCUCAGGGUCUACAAGCGAUCUUGUUGGGAUGCAACCUCGCAUAAAAGAAUUAGAAAAGCUUCUAAAAUUGGGAUCAAAGAAUGAUGACUUCCGAGUUCUAGGAAUUUGGGGGAUGAGUGGAGUAGGAAAGACAACUCAUGCUACUCUUUUGUACGAUAGAAUCUCUUAUCAGUUUGAUGCUCGUUGUUUUAUUAAUAACACAAGCAAACUUUAUAUGGAUGGUGGUAUUGUUGCUAUUCAAAGACAAAUUCUUCGACAAGCUCUAGACGAAAGAAAUCUUGACUCAUACGAUACUUGUGAAAUUUCCGGGAUUAUGAUAAAUAGGCUUCACAGUUGCACUAAGGUCCUUCUAGUUCUUGACAAUGGAUUCAGUUAAUAAGUUCCUAGUUUUUAGGUUCGUAGAAUAUAAUUUGUUUUUAAUUAAAAUUAGUUAAUGUUGGGAUUUAUAUUUAUGAUGCCUACUUUUAAUAUAGUUCACUUUUGCCCAACAUAAAUAUAAAUCCCAACAUUAACUAAUUUUAAUUAAAAACAAAUUAUAUUCUACUUAAGCGAACCUAAAAACUAGGAACUUAUUAACUGAAUCCAAAUAAAUAGCAACAUAAAUAUAAAUCACAACAUUAACUAAUUUCAAUUACCUGCUUUCUAUUAAAAAGGGUUGGAUUGCUGUAGUAUAAUGCUCUUUUAGAUGAGAAACAGUUGGUUUUCCAUAAAGACAUGAGUCUGUUUAAAUGGUGUAGAAUCUGAUUCAUUUCUUUUUCUUUUUUUAUCGGUCGAGUGUUAUAGAUCAGUACAAGUCGAUCCAAUGUUUUUGAAUAUUUCGCCAAGCUGGGUGAGAUUGAAGUUACAGGCAAAGUUACUUUGGCUUGUUUUGCAGUAAGUAAACUAGAUCUGAGAAAUUCCCCAACCAUUAUCAGAUCCUUUAAGCUCAUCUCUUUCUUUACUUGGACUACCAUCUUCUUCGACUUGUUUGGAAAUGAUGUGCGUCUAGCCUUAGAAAGAUUGUUUUUUAAUUUCUCCAUAUCCACAACUACAACUUCCAUUUUUUUUGUUGGUAAUAUGUUAAAUGCUAAACCCUAACAAAAUCCUAAAGAAGAUAAUAAAAGCACAUAUAUGGCUCAUGGGUCUCUCUAUAUAAUAAAAUCACAUGUAUACGAUGGCACUCUAAAGAUAAACUAAGAAAAUAUAAUUUUUUUUUUAAAUGUUCCUAUAAAACUAUAUUAUAUAAUAAAAGCAUUAGAGCUAGAUAUGUUCCGAAGGAAAGAAGAUAUGUUUCGAAGGGAAGUGAUGGGGACUCUGGUAUCAGAAGAAAAAUAACACACAACUUGACGGAACUCUAGAUAAUAAAAGCACAUGUAUACGAUGACACAUAUCUAGCUUUGACAUUGUCUUUCUUUCGGAUUGGGAAAACAUUGAUUUUCCGUCAAGUUGUAGUAUUCCAAAAUGGUUCAAUCACCAAUUUGAUGGUGAUUCAAUAGUAAGGAUAAUAGAUUUUGACGAGUUUGACAAGAAGUUUGGCUUUGCCUUCUUUGUGGCAUUUGAGGUUAACAAUUGUUGUGCGAUUUCUAGUUUGUCACACAUCCUUUUUAUCUUUCUUUUGAAAGUGAACACACAGAGGAGCGCUUCGAUAUGCCGCUCAGUUUGGAACUGCACAAAAUUGAUGGCUCCAAACAUCUUUGGCUAAUCUAUAUCUCUCAAGAGCACUGCCAUUUCUUAAAAACUGGAGCGCAUAUCACAUUUAAAGCCUGCCCAGGUUUGUCAAUAAAGAAAUGGGGAUUACGCUUGGUAUUCAAGGAUCUAAGGAAAUCAUAUCCUGUCCCUAGCGACUGGGAACACUUACCGGAGACAGAUGCGCCCCAACUUUUCUUAGAUUAUGUACAAAAAACCAGCAUAAAGUCUGGAACUAAAAUCCAACUUUCUUACAAUUGGUUGGUUACUGAAGAGGAAGAAGUUGAAAAUUCUGGAGUCAAGUCAAAAGAAUUUGAUCUUUCUAAGCUGGGCCUUUAGGUAUGCCAACCACAGUUAAAAUGCACAAUAUGUUUUGUGAGCCUUGAGGUAAUUAUCUCACCUAAGCAGUAACAUAUUGUUAAGUAAUAAUUCAUUAAUCAUUACCAUUGCUAAUUAAUAAUUCAUUUUAUAACUAAUAAUAUUUAUUAUUAGUAUAUCACAUCCAUCUCUUGCAUUACAACUUGCUAGUUUAUCCAAUAAUUUCUCAUUAUUUAAUAUGUUGUGACCUUCUCAAUAAUUUGAUUAUUGUCCAGUGAAUAUGCCUGAUUAUUUGAGGUUAAGGUUUUGUCAUGAACCUGAUCAGAUUAAUGAAGACAUGAUAGGUACUGUUAUUCUAUGUUUGUGGAGGAUGAAUGUUUGUUAUCAGUUGCAACUCGGAAAUUUCUUCAACUCUGCAAGUCUCAUGUUGGACAAAUUCCGAAUGUGAUGGUAUAAGUUUCUGACAGACCUCUUACACAAAAUUUGUAUAAAAGAAAAGGGAAUUGAAACUGCUAAUUAGAUAGUUUAGCGGGCAAUUAUGUAUUUCCUUAGCAGUUAAGUGUUUCUGUUUGUAUGUAAUUUGCUUCAGUUUCUUUUAGUUGUAAUUGUGAUUGUAACUCUGUUUUGAAAAUUCUUCUCCGGAGUAAUGUUGAUUGGUGAAUGUAAGUUCAGAAAACCAACCUACAAAUCCCUUGUUUUGGUCAGUUAUAUCAGUUUCUUUCACAGAAAUGAGAACAUUUUGAUUAAUUUAUUAGAAGUGUAGACAAUUAUUAUUUUACGAGGCAGAUUUGUAGAGUUGAUUUCCACUUUCAUCACGACGCGAAUCGUGUAAUUGUGGCAUAACUUGUCUUCAUUGCUGAUUCUAACACCUUUGCUGUUGGGUUUUAUAGAGAUGUUUUAGUUCAAACUUUAGUUAUAAUACUUACAGAAUUUAAGAUUUGUCUUUAAAAUAUUGAUACCAAGACCAUAUGGAAUUAUGUUUUUACUGUCUUAUAAUUGAGACAGCUUUGAUUCAUU